GUUUAUUCUGACGAGGAACAUAUAAUUCGUCAUCUCGAGAUGUUCGGGGGAGCGAUCCGUCGGCGAUGUUUUCGACGAGCACUACAGUUGUGAUCAUUGGCGUGAGGCGACGAAACGUCCGCCGGUGACUGAGCACGAGGGAUGAAGGUGCCUCUAAGAAUCCUUCGCUUUUAUGUCAGCUGGGCAUAAUGACCGUCCCAUUAUUCUCUCUCAAUUUUGUAUACCACAUGUGGCACCCGCUCUCCUCACUUAUUCAACCCCCUACAAUCCCGUCGACCCCAAUUUGGGUAACACCGGUGACGAGUUUUCCUCGCGAUCGUCGCCUGAGUGAUGGAAAUCCGCGGCGCGUGACAAUUUGCACAGGAAGCACAGCUGUUCACGAACAUCCAAAUUGUCAUGGGGUGCAAUCACAUUUCAUUUGCAGUUGACGAAGUUUUGAAUCCUUUUACUGUAUCGUUAGGCGUCGGUGCAAGCAGGGUGUGGAAUAGGUCCUGUGUAGUGAAUUGUGUGGUACAGUUUCUGUUGCUGGCGGUGGAUAAUUUUGUGAAAUCCUCUGGGUUCCAUGAUGGGACAUGAGAAGAGUUCACUUUGCGUCGGCAUGCCAAGCAGUUGAGUUAAUAACGAGAGUUGUGCACUUUAUAGUGCAUUGGUAAUAGAAGAGAUGGGAUCCGAAGCUGGAGGACCGAUUGAGUUCCAUAUCACUGGGUUCAAGAAAUUUCAAGGAGUUGCUGACAACCCAACUGAGAUAUUAGUUGGCAAGUUUGAAGAGCAUAUGAGAAAGCAUGGGAUGCCCUCUGGUACACAACUUGGAAGUUGCACUGUGUUGGAAACUGCAGGUGACGGUGCACUAGCCCCCUUGUUGCAGUUACUCAACGCACCUCACGAAGGGAUUGAAAAUCCUCUAAUUAUUAGCACUAGAGAUUCAGGAGAUGUAAAGCUGGACAGAGAUUCGCUGUCCGUCCCCCAAAAGCGCAUUGUCUGGGUUCAUUUUGGUGUUAAUAGUGUUUCUAAUAACUUCGCUGUGGAACGGCGUGCGGUGAAUGAAGCCACAUUUCGCUAUCCCGAUGAGCUUGGUUGGCAGCCUCAGCGAGUGCCCAUUGUUCUUGAAGAUGGUCCUAUCUCUUUCAUACGUGAGACAACGCUUCCAGUGAGGGACAUAGUGAGUGCGUUAUCGAAAGAAGGGUUCGAUGUGAUGGAGUCUUAUGACGCUGGACGCUUCGUGUGCAACUACGUUUACUAUCACUCGUUGCGCCAAGCACAGAAGAAUGGCGUUAAGAGUCUAUUUGUUCAUGUGCCUUUGUUCAUGGUGAUCAACCAGGAGCGUCAGCUGCAGUUUAUUGCUGCUUUACUAAAAGUGUUGACCAUUUUCUGCUGAUGGUUUUCAAGGAUACAUGCUGGAGCAGGCUCUAAUUAACGAUCUCCGAAUACUGUUCUGUGCAAAUUGUUCACUGAGGCUAGGAAUAAGUUUUGUUGGAAAUUCUUGUGCUUUUAUGCAAGAAUGGUUAAGCAACAUAUACCUUACAAGUACAGGCUUCAUUAGAUUUGUUCAUUGCUUGUACGCUACAUGUGGGUAAAACUAUGUUAAUUCAUAAGUUAGUGCUGUUAGUAAGAUCUGAUUAUUUAGUGAAGACCAGUGAAGCCUGUGCUUGAUACCAUUGCAUUUGUGUUGCAUUAAGAGCUAAAGAGCUUGAGGCUGGAUAUUCCUGCUCUGAAGCUCAGUCCUUCUGGAAGUACCUCUCAUGUUCAUAUAGUUGGGUAUGUAUGAUAAAGUAAAAUGGCUAUUUUCAUGAAA